GGAAGUGAUGUGUGGGGAAGUGGGUCGCUUUCUGAUGAAUUCAUUGGCUGUGGAAUUGGCCGGGAGGGGAAUCUAACCCCUAAGGCUGGUACUUGCUUCCUGAACCCGCUUUCCCAGCGAAUUGACAGUUGGAAGUAUUUAUAUGCCUCGCGUGCACUUUUGAGUACAGGAGAUUGAAUUAGCUCUCAAUAAUGGGAAGAACCUACAUUGUAGAAGAGGCUGUUGGCCAAUAUCUUUCAAACAUCAAUCUCCAAGGGAAAGCUUUUAUCUCUGGUCUUUUAAUAGGACAGUGUUCUCCACAAAAGGAUUAUGUGAUUCUUGCCACUAGAACACCACCCAAAGAGGAACAAAAGGAGAACCUCAAACAUCCCAAGGCUAAGUCAGAUAAUUUGGAUGAAGAAUGGGUGACAGAGCAUGCCAACCAGGUAUCCAGAAUGCUACCAGGGGGACUUUUAGUUCUUGGAGUAUUUAUCAUUACAACUUUAGAACUGGCAAAUGAUUUUCAAAAUACCCUGCGUAGACUAGUAUUUGCUAUGGAAAAGUCUGUGAGUAAAAAUAGACUGUGGAAUUUAACAAAGGAGGAAGUUUCAGAACGAGUGACACUUCAUAUUUGCUCUUCUACAAAAAAAAUAUUUUGUCGAACUUAUGAUAUCCGUGAUCCAAAGAGUUUAGCAAGACCAGCAGAUUGGAAGUACCAAAAUGGACUAUCAACUUCAUGGCUUUCUUUAGAGUGUACACUCCAUGUUAAUAUUCACAUCCCACUUUCUACUACUUCUGUCAGCCAUCCUAUGGAGAAAACUACAAAGAAUGGACUUACGCGUUGGGCCAAGCAAAUAGAAAAUGGUAUUUAUUUGAUUAAUGGACAAGUUAAAGAUGAAGACUGUGACCUAGUAGAAGGACAGAAAAAAACUCCCAGAGGAAAUGCUCAUGUGACUAAUCAUUCUUUUGAUGUCAGAGUGCUAACACAGUUGCUCCUGAAUUCAGAUCACAGGUCCACAGCCACAGUUCAGAUCUGCAGUGGUUCUGUAAACCUUAAGGGUGCCGUGAAAUGCAGAGCUUAUGUUAAUAGCAGUAAACCUAAGGUUAAAGAGGCUGUGCAGGCAAUAAAGAGAGAUAUAUUGAACACAGUUGCUGAUCGUUGUGAAAUACUGUUUGAGGACCUGCUUUUGAAUGAAACUCCAGAAAAAAAAGAUUCUGAAAAAGAGUUCUACAUCCUCCCUCACCGAGUAUUUGUCCCAAUUCCUGGAUCCACUGUAAUGUUAUGUGAUUACAAAUUUGGCGAUGAAUCAGCUGAGGAAAUCAGAGACCAUUUUCUAGAAAUGUUGGAUCAGAUGAUUCAAAUAGAAGAUUUGGAAAUUGCAGAGGAAAUAAACACAGCUUCUGUGAGUUCCUCUAUUAAUACUGAAGCAUCAAUGGACAACAUAGAUGAUGAACAACGAGAACAACCAAUUAAAAAUACAAUAGUGUUGAAAAUUCAACAGAACAUAGGUGUGAUUGCAGCAUUUGCAGUUGCAGUCCUUGCUGCGGGCAUCUCCUUUCAUUACUUCAGUGAUUAGAGCAAGACACGAAGGGCUUACUGAUCAUCCAGAGGACACUGGCCAACAAUUGUGAAAGAUAAAGUGAACACAGUUUAUCUGCACUUAAGACAGCAGCCAUAUCUGCUGCCAUAAAUGCCUACUAGGUGUGUUUCUGACUAAAAUGAAAUCACCAGUUGCCUUGAUUAGGCCUGCUUGUAUGAUAGGUGACCCAGGUUUCCAAAAAUAAAGUUGUGCUGCUAGAUGGAAGUUGCAUGUAACAAAUCAUUAUUAUCUGUUUUUUAAAGGGGUUCAGAAUGAUGGAGUAUUUUCAUAGAUUUUAGUCUUGUUAAUCUCAAUAAUGCAUUGAUCAGGACAUUGACAGUUUGAAGAGUCAGGGUUAGCUCAAUAUCCAGUAAUAGAAUCCCAGGAGAAGUUUUGUAGGGCUUCUGUAGAGUUGUGUGAGUUCACACCCUAGGACCUUUCUAGUAGACACUCAAUUCCAAGGUACUGUGUGUUCUGUUCUGAUAGAAGGUUAGGAAACUUUUCCAGAGAGGUUUGAAUCAGUAAGGAUUGACCUACAUCAUGCACUUUCUCAGGUUAAUAUAUGGUAACUGUUGUAUUAAAUAAGACUUCUGCUUCCAGCAGAAUGAUAGACUAUAUAUGCAAAACAACUACAUCCUGAAUAAAAUCUACUUUUAAAUGCAAUGCUAGGCUCAAAGGAAGUAGGGAAAAUCUCUCAAGAACCACCCUUCUAUUUUUCCUCCCCUCUUCCAAAUGAAUACAUUUUGAGUUGGAAUAGUGAAUACUAUAUUAAACAUACAAGCAGACUAUGGUUGCCAUGAGGCAAAUGCUAGUAGCAGAACUGCUACAUAAGGAAGGGGAUCUGAAUCCAAAACUGCUGCAAGCCAAGGUAGUUGAAGGAGAGCUUAAGUAGCCCUAGUUUUGUAGUGCCCAAAGCUCCUUGUAAAAGCAGAUAUUAAUUAUCUCAAGAGGAAAACCUUCCUAAUUUAGGUCCAAUCUUUCCAUCGAUUAAAACCAAGCAGUAGCAUUUCAUGACUAGAGUUCACCAGGUAUGAUCUGAAACUAGCUAGCAUGAAUGGAAACCUUUAAAAACAAUAAACAUUGGGUUCAACUCUUUAAUAGCUCAUCACUAACAUAAGAAAUAAAAGAUGGUACCACAGGUGGAUCUGAAAAAAAGAACUAAAUGGAACUGCUAGAAAUGAGAUAUUUAUUUAUUGAAAUAAGAAAAAAAAAAACAAAACACCUCAGACAUGUUGAAUAUCAUAUUAGACUCAAAUGAAGAAAAAAUUCAGUGAACCAGAAGAUAAAUCUAAAAUUAUCCAGUGAGAAGCACAGAGAAAGAACUAGAAAUGUUAAAGAGAAGUCAGAGGAUGUGGAGGGAAGGAUUAUAAAGACUAGGAGGAAAUAGAAUAGGACAUGUUCAGAUGAAAACCAAAUUUUACCACCUCAGAUCUUCAUUACAGAAACCACAAAAGGAUUACUUUUAAGGAGAAGGAAAAUUAUAUCCAAAGGAUGAUCUGUAAUUGAAGAACCACUGUGUAAAAAAAUUUAUAAAUAUAUGUAAAUCUAAAGUAUUGUUUGAAUAAAACAAUCACAAUGAAAGAAGUAUUUAUUAGUAAAAUGGUAAACAGAUGUAAAACUAAAUAGCAUUACACAACAUUAAUAAUGCAUAAUUGAAAAGUAAGAUUUAUAAUUGGGUAACAAUAGCUUAUAAGAUGGGAGGAGGGUGAUUGGAUUUAAAGUAUUCUGAGGUGCUUUUAUUCAGAAAAAGGGUUAAGGUAUUAUUUAACUUUAAAUUUGAGUAUAUUAAAUAUGCAUAAUAAAAUUUCCAGUAUAACUGCUAGAAGAUAAGGAAUUAUAAUUCCAAAAGAAAAGAAGUUUAAAAAGUGGAAUAGGAAGACAAUUACAAUACCCCCCCCCCAAAAAAAAAAAAGAAUUAAUUACAGGGGUGAAAAAGUAGGAAG